UGCUCUGCUCCCUUACUCUGAUUUAUUUUACAUCUUUUCUGACAUUCAAAGAAUUUUUUGCUAUUUUUUUCUUCAAGUCUUCAAAUGAACAAUUAAAUAAACAUUUGAUACAAAUAAUCCCAAUAAAGUUUGGGCGGAAAAUCCACUGAAAUCGUUAACAAAUAUAAAAAUAACCUCAAAAUGAUAACAUCACUCUUCAAUUAAUUCACGGAUGACCAAAUAGUUAUUCAUUAAACAGUAUUAAUUUUUUUAUGAAUAAUUAUUAAUUAUCUUGCUUGUUUUUUGAAAAGAAAAAGAUUAGAAGAAAAGGGGCUUAAAGGCCCUUUUCUGAACACAUAAAUCCUUAUAAGGAUGGAAAAAUUUCUUUUUCUUGUUAGUGAUCGUUUUUGUCACCUUUUGCGUUGUAAACAGCAUCAUAUGGGUUGCUAAAUCCAGGGUUUACUACACGGACUUUAAAUGAAUCUUCAUAAAAAAAAACCGAAGGACUAACUACCAUUUAUUUUUUGAUCUACAAACGCGUGCUAGUUCGUUUUUAUUAAUGAAAUUGUGCCUGUUUCGUUUUCGUAUGAGUGCAAUCGAAAUCUUGGAAAAUGGAAGCAGCAGUUUCUGUGAAUCCAGAAAUUCCGGAAAAUUUACAAGCUGUUGAAGAAAUAGAACAUCCUGAAAUUGAAGAGCAGGAAAAUUCUGCCGAAGCAGCUGAAAUCGAUCCUGAUUUGGAGGCGAACGUUAACAGAGUUGGCAAUGACAUUCCAGUUGAUCGGGAAGUCGUAAUAGAGGCUGUUGAAGAACAAUCUGUAGAACCAUCUUCCAAAAGAAGAAAAUACUCUGAUGAGCCUAGUAGUCUUGCAGUUCUCUCUGAUGAUAGUAUAGACGCAGAUCAAAAGUGUUCUAUUUGCCUCGAAGGAUGGAGUAAUUACGGUGAACACCGACUUUGCUGUUUGCGAUGUGGUCACUUAUUCGGUUUAAAGUGCAUCAAACAGUGGUUGGAGCAGUUCCAGAAUGCUCAGUCUCGACGCUGUCCCGAGUGCAAUACAAAGGCAGCAAAAAAAGAUAUUAGGGUGUUAUACGCCAAAAAAUUAUACUGCCUCGACAAUGCCGAGGAGGAGAAGUUGAAAGAUCAGCUUAAAGCGACCAAUAUUCAAAAAGAGCAGGUCGAGAAACAACUUGGCGAGUACAAAACAAAGGUGAAGAUGUUCGAGUAUCAGAUCAACAGUAUGCAGAAAAGAAUUGAUGAGCUUGAAUUCGAAAGAAAGAUGAACUACCACCAUUCAAAUAUGAAUCCGAUGAUGUGCUUGAAAAAGUUACUGCAGAAAGAAAGAUCUUUCAGUAUUUGCCAAAGGGCGGGAUGUAGAGUUAUGGCUUACAAUCCUUGGCAUAGAAUAUUAGUAACUUCGCUCAAGUCUACGCAUCCGACAAGAUCCGAUCACGGAAUCUCUAAAAUUGUUCUCGACUCGUUUGUGUCCAUGCCCUAUCGUCGUGUUCACAAUGGUGCUAUCAGAGACUUGGAUUUCCAAGCGGAUCAUCCGAAUAUGCUCUUGAGUGCUGGUUUUGACAAGCGGGUCAUCCUGACUGACAUUCGUGAUGGCUGCCGAGAGAUAAACUAUUAUCAAGAAACUGCCCAACUCUGGAGUUGCGCCUGGUCGAAAGAUGCCCCUCACUAUUUUUUCGCCGGAACACAAAACGGAUGCAUUGUCAAGUAUGAUGUUAGACAAUCUGUGGCUGCGGUGGACAUUAUACACAAUCCGGAUGAUAGAUCGCCUAUCGUAUCUUUGGCAGCGGUUCCUUCAAAUUCUGCUGGCGCUUUCAGAACAGGAGGAUUCUUGGCUUGCCACUUGAACACGUGUUACGCUUACACCUUGAAAGACGGCAUCUACCAAGGAAACCGAAUGAGCCUUGAUGGGCCAUUCAUGUCGGUGCGUUACGACGAAAAAAACAACAACUGUCUGGUGUCUUGUCGUUCCAAUCCCAGACGACCUCACGUUCGGCAUUACGUCUGCGACGUCGAAAAGGACGAAGAAGAUGGCUUUCAGUGCAAUAUCGUACACACCUUCCACGCAGGCGCUUCGCAGAAGAUUCUUUCAAGACCCUGUCACAUGUACGUCGAGGAUGACACCAUGGUAGUUGCCAACAAUGACAGCACAGGCAAUGUCUUACUUUGGAGUGUAGCCACGGGAAAAGAAGUGUACAAACUGUCCAUUCAUGAUUCCGUGGUAGAUACGUGCUCUUUCGAAUUAGAAAAUCGUUAUCUCGCCAUUUUGACCCUCAAGGAUUUGCAUCUCUACAGUCAAAAGGAGGAUGGUCAUCGAGAUGCGUAUACAGUUGGUACCUGUGAUAGCUAGCGAUAAGUCCGAUAUUAUUUCUAUAUUUUGACUGAUCUCUCAUUGUCUCGAAAUAUUUAUUUCAUAGAAUCAAUUAAUCGACAAUGGAUUCUCUACUUUCAUCAAUCACACGAUUGUACUUUACUGUUUCACGCAAUCGCGUGAAUUUAGGUGAAUGCUAGUUGUAUUAAUACAAGCUGAACAGCAGCUGGUGUGCAACGCAAACAAAAAAAUAUUUGAAUGAAUUGUAAA